GGCUCACACUUCCUGCAGCCAGCUCAGCAGCUCUCCUAGCCCUGCCGGAGCGUCACGAUGGAGCUCAGACUAACCCCGGCCAGAAAUCUGGACAAGUUCAUCGAAGACCACCUCCGGCCAGACACGCCUUUCCGCAGGAGGGUCAAAAAAGCCAUCGAUGCCAUCUGCAGUUUCCUCAAAGAGAGGUGUUUCCAAGGUGCCCCCCACCGAGUCCGGGUGUCCAAAGUGGUGAAGGGCGGCUCCUCGGGCAAAGGCACGACCCUCAGAGGCCGCUCUGACGCUGACCUCGUGGUCUUCCUCAGCGAGCUCAGAAGUUUUCAGGAGCAGUUGGAGCGCCGAGGGGAGUUCAUCUGGGAAAUCAUACGACAGCUGGAAGCCUUUCAGAGAGAGACAGGAGUGGAGUUUGAGAUCCAUGAGCCUCGAUGGGAGAAACCCCGCGCGCUCAGCUUUGUGUUCUGGUCCCCCUGGCUGGACGAGAAGGUGGAGUUUGAUGUACUGCCUGCCUUUGACAUCCUGGGUCAGUGGGGUCCUGUGCCGCACAUCCACGAGGGCUACAGACCUAAUCCCCAAAUCUACGUCCGGCUCAUCAACGAGUGCACGCGCCUGGGGAAGGAGGGCGAGUUCUCCCCCUGCUUCACGGAGCUGCAAAAAGCCUUCCUGCGGCAGCGGCCGACCAAGCUCAAGAGCCUCAUCCGCCUGGUCAAGCACUGGUACCAGCUGUGCAAGCAGCGCCUGGGGAAGCCGCUGCCGCCGCAGUACGCCCUGGAGCUGCUGACCGUCCACGCCUGGGAGCGUGGGUGCAAGGAGACCUACUUCAGCACCGCUGAGGGGUUUCGGACGGUCUUGGAACUAGUCGUGCACUACCGGCAGCUUUGCGUCUACUGGACUAAGUAUUACGACUUUGAAAAUCCUGUCAUUUGUCAAUAUCUGAUGACACAGCUCGAGCAACCCAUGCCCGUGAUUCUGGACCCGGCUGAUCCUACCGGAAACGUUGCAGGUGGAGGCGGCUGGCAGCGGCUGGCACAAGAGGCUGCAGCCUGGAUGACGUACCCAUGCUUGAAGAAUUGGGAUGGGUCUCCAGUGGACUCCUGGGACACAGGGCUCCCAAGAGAGAGAGAAGAUAGCUCGACCUCCACAACAGAUGAUGAUGAUGAACAGGACUCUGAAUACCAUACCUACAAACGAUACCAGGAGGACGAGAGCUGGACAUGUGCCAUCCUCUGAAGCCAGUGUGUCUUAGGGGACAGGGCUCCAGAGUCAUGUGGGCCCGCCUCCUCCUUCCCAGGGGGCCACUUUUGAUUCAGAGAGGAUAGAGGACUGCACCAAGCCAGCAGUGAGUAGGGCAGACCUAGGACCAAAAUCCAGGUCUCCUGACCCCACCCUUCCCACUAUUCUGUGCUUCUCUUCUUUCAUCAGCCCGGCCUCACCCCACCUAUUCUCAGACGACAAGAGAAAUAUAGACAAAAAGAGUGGAAUUCCAGCCUUGAUUUUCUUCUGUGUACCUGGCGGGAGGGUUUCGGUCCCAUUUAUUGUCACUUGCAAUAAAAAUAAUCGUCAAAAA